GCGGCCGGAUGACGCCACCAGGCGGAUGACGUCACCAGGCGGCGCCCCGCUGCCAAGGAGGCGGCGGCCAUGGCAGCGGCGCUGGGGCCGCAGGCGGAGGCGGAGGGGUGGCGGCGGCUGCUCCGCGCCGUGACCCGCCUGCAGGCCUGUGUCAGGGGUUACCUGCUGCGGAAGCGGUUUCGGAGCCUGCGGGCAGAGUACGAGGAGGUGGUGCGGGAGAUCGAAGGGGACCUGAGCCAGCUGGAGUGGAGGGGACGGAUCCUGCCGCGGCCCGUGUUCGUCCCCGAGAAGCCAACGCAAGGGACGCGUACAGACCCGCAGGAGGCUGUACCGAGUGACGAGGCCAGCACAGAAAAACUGCAGGAGGAGCUGGACACCUCUGAACCUGAACGGGACUGGGGCUGCAGCACGGUAAAACCUACAGCCCAGCUGCAAAGCCAGAAAGAGCUGAGCUCCGUGGGUGAAGGCGAUGGAGUGAGCCCCCCAAGUCCCGAGGCUGAUGCUGAUAAAUGCCCUGAAAAGGGGUGCAGCGCCCCAGCAGAGAGCGAGGAGUGGCAGAACGACAGUAACGCGUUCCCUGCGUGGGACAGCGGUGUCCUGGAGGCAGAGUCCCUCGAAGCCUGUCUGGGAAUUCCACUUGAGGAAAUAAAGCAGCUUCCUCGAACUCGGUCUGGUCUCCAGUCCUACAGAAAUCACUUGAUCAUGGAGCUGAUGUGGCUGCAACAAGCUAUUGUCAGCCGUAAAAAUUACUUGAUGCUGAAGCAGAGGCUGGGGACUCCUGAUGCAUAGGAGGGCAUUCCUGAGCACGUGGGGCAUUUGCAUUGGCGUGGAGAAGCAGUGGAGCUGCAGCACCACAGUCGUGACACGACCUCAGGGACAGCAGCAGCUUGGGGGAGCUCCAGCUCUGUGGGCUGACGUUUUCCGCUUCAGGUGAAUGUGGCAAGAAAGCCUUUUAUUUCUUUUAAACAUGAAUAUUUGAUCAAAGCAGGGAUUAAACAUCACUGUGAAGCCAAGGAGGUGGUUGUGUGUCCUGGAGGGAGCCCCAGCGAGGCCUCCUUCCACGAGAACCCUAUUUCUGUUGGCUGAGCUGGAUGGUCCUAGGGGAAGAUUGAGGCUGGGAAGACUGUCAUGUACAGAAGGUGCCUUCUGACCAGCUGAUCGCUUGUGACGGAACUUAAGUGCCUGAAGGCGGCGGGUGUUUUGAACCUGCAGGAAGAGGCUCUUCUCCGCUGAACUGUGGGUGACCCAUAUCAGUAUCUUUGCUGUUUAUUUGGGAUGGCUCUACACAUCACAGCUCUGUGAUAUCUGGGAUUUCCAGGCGCUCGUGGUAGGCUCUGGGGAACACCUAGUUGAAGUACUAAGUAUGGAGAAGAGUUCCCUAACUUUCCCGUGCAGUUGGUGGGGAGCGCUGGCACAUCAAACCUAACCUUCAAGACAUGAGGCUUGGUUCUUGACUUGCAUAUCUCUGGUCGUGGUAAUAUCUCUCUCUGUGGCAGAGUCACCUGAAGAGAACACCAGGUACUUGAGCGAGCAAGGAAGGGCUUACAGGGUUGGGCACUUUGUCUAUACGUUGCUCUAGUUCAGGGGCAUUCGCGGUCCCUCGGAAAGGGACUUUCUGCGUGGUGCUGUGGUUCCCUACUGUGACCCCAAGUCUUCUGUGCAAACACUCUGUGUUCCUGCUGACUGAACGGUCACUCUUGCCAUGUGGCAGAUGUAUCUUUCUGUUCCUGAUGAUGCUGACUUGUUUGUGAAUAAAAAGCUUUCCUGAA